GAAAGCAGGGACAAACCUGGUGAUAUCACCAACUGCACAGGAUAAAAGAGCUCCAGUCCUGGGCUCCUAUGCCACAGCAAUCUCAGACACAGACGUCUCCUGCGUCCUUUGCAUUGAGCUGACUGACUCCUGCCAAGAUGUCCUGCCAGCAGAACCAGAAGCAAUGCCAGCCUCCUCCCAAGUGCCUCUCUCCCAAGUGCCCUCCAAAGAGCACAGCACAGUGUCUGCCUGCAGCCUCUUCCUGCUGUGCUACAAGCUCUGGGGGCUGCAGUGUUCCCAGCUCUGAGGGAGGCUGCUUCCUGAGCCACCACAGGCGCAGGUCCCACAGAUGCAGGCACAGGAGCUCCUCCAGAUCCUGUGACCGUGGCAGCGGUCAACAGUCAGGGGACUCGGGCUGUGGGCACAGCUCUGGGGGCUGCUGCUGACCUGAAUCCUGAGCCUGACACGAGAGAAUUUGGGGGAAACAAGAAUUCCAAGGGCCAUGGAAAGCACAGCCUGUCUUGUUCAUUCCCAGAGGCCCUUCUCUGCUUGUCAGAUGUCCAGGGCCCCCAGUCCCCACCCUUCCUGUGGAGUGGCAGUGCCUGUCCCUGACUCUGACCAAGAAUAAAGAUUCCAUCCCUAUCA